AUGUCGAAGCUCUCGGAGCCAUUGAAAGCCCUCAUCAACGCCUCCCAUGCCAAACCCAACACGCUUCCCGCGCCACGCCAUAUCGCUUCAGUAUAUGAGCGUGUAGCCAAUGGAGCGAGGGAGAAGGGUGUUGGGCUGAAGGCCUGGUUGACUGCUUCAGCAGCGGCAACCUUCACGUUAAACUCCCCAGACUCAUUACUAGAACUCUACAAACUAGCAAACGACGCCAAAUUCAAACGCAACGAAAACCACGGCGUCUGGACCGCCGAACUGAUGCGCGAAAUCGGCCUGAAAUGCAUCGGUCUCAACGGCGUCCCACGAACAAUCAACUGCCUCGGCGCCUUCUACGCCGGCCUCCCCUCCCCCAUCCGCACCGAACUUCAAUCCCGACCCGCCCGCCGCGCCCUCCAUCCAAAGACCAUCACCGAAACCACCGACCGCGGCAACUGGCUCUGGGACCGCAUCUACCACCCCUUCACCGACAAACUAACCGCGAAACUCGCACAGUCCCACCCGGACCUCCCCGUCUUCAUCAUCGAAGGCGAGUACGGCGCUCUCUUCACGGACCCCGCUUCGCCUCCCUUGGAUCUCGAAAGAGUGCCGAAUGUCGGGCGCGUGACGACGAGUAUCAUGGCGAUUUCGGUUCUGCGGGCGCAGACGGGGGUGGGGCCGCAGGUGGUGAGCCAUAUUUUCGGGCUGAGGAAAGCUUUCGAGGAUGGGACGGCGCAGUUGGAGGAGGUGGAGGGUGGGGAGUGGUUGAGCGGGAAUGAGGGGAGUGAGUGGUUGUUGGGGGAGGUGGAUCGGAUCGUGCAGGAGCUGGGCGGGAGUACUUUUGCGCCGGGGAUGGAGAAGGAGGCGAGGGCGAAGUUGUAG